GGAGGGAGGUUACAAGUCCGUGCAAUCGGAUUUACACUGACACACGACGACGGAGCCUCUCCUGCAGCGCGCGAGCGCACACUAACACACCGCGAAGGUGCUUUGGGAAUUCUGCAGCUUCUCCCAAACAUCUGGAGGUCGUUUUUCAACAUGUAAUCGUUUUACAAGGCACCGACGACAGCAUGCUUCGACUCCACCGAACUUUGGCCUUGUGCUUCUGGUGUCUAAUUCUGGUUCGCGAGCAGGCCUCAGCUGAUGAAGAGGGCCUCUGGGGACCGACACCUUCCAGAGAAAAGCCAUCUCAAAAGAAAUCCAGUUCGUACUGGUGGAGCCCGAGUCUGCCAAAGCUCCCGUCUCUUGAUUCACUGCUGUUUCGUCUGCCUUUUUAUCCUGUUGGGGGUAAAAGUCAGCCUACAGAAUUGAACACAACCGGCCAUGAGCUGUCAGGCCCAAUCGAUCAAUCCGGGUCUGGAGAUGGGAUCAUAUCUGAAGCCUCUGAACUUCCCACGACUUCUGGUCAGCUUCUAAGCGGCGUAACUGAGAUAAUGACGGAAAGUCUUCCAGCAGGAACAUCAUAUUCUCCACGCAGCAGAAAUGACAAAGAAACUCUUGUUGCAACCGCUACAACACAUAUCAGAAAUACUCAGAGUCCCACCAGCUCAAGCACGCUAGGACAAAAUGGAACACAGAGACACCAUCCUUCUGACACAAAUGAGUUUUUACAGAAACUGUCUACAACAAUGGCACGGGAAAACACAGUUGCACCCAUCAAGACAACAACGAACACUCGAAUGGGAAUCACAAACAACCCAACCUCGACGUCCCCUGACACCACUUCAGUGAAAGCACAAGACUCAGCAGAAAGUCAACCCACUCAGAGCACCAGUUUGGGGACCACCACCACCACCGCCAGUGGAAAGAUUACUGCCCUGAAAGCAGAAGCUAAGGCGGAUGAGAAAGAUGCGGCCCCCUACGGUUAUACGACGGACGUUUCAUCGCCACUAACAACGUCUCAACCAGGAGAAACCGUGGAGAGUUCACGAAGUCUUCAAACAGAGGCCUGGGUGUCAAACCUGGAGACUGGGACUGUCGCGUUCCUUCCAGACUGCAAUAAAGAACAACCCGGGGCCUGCAACUUCUCAGGCGACUGGGAAUCGACGUCUUCGGACAUGAAGACCAACACGAGCACAAACCGAUCGAGCAGCACUUCUGUAUUCUCGUCUCCUCUCAUGUUGGUUCCGUUAUACACGGACUGGAACAGCGCCAUGGCAGUCUGGGGCCUAGCAUGGGAGGCGCACGUGUAUGGCGCCGGUUGCAUCUUUGCGAUGCUAACGCUAGCCUCAGCGCUAAACCUUCUCUGCUUGCCUUUGAGGUGUCCAUCUGGUUGUGGCUAUUUUGGUCUGGUCAGUCUGUUUCUACUGGCCGCCGGGGGUACCAGAUCCUUCUCGCUAUUAUACGACGCAUACGGCCACCAGGACCGCUUGCCGUCCACCGCGGCUUUGUUGAUGCUCUACGAGGCACCGUUCCCUUGCCUGACAGCGGCAUUCGGCUUGGUUUUCCUUCUGCUUUCCAUGCGUUCAAGGAUGCAGCUGUCCUACUCUGCCUUUCAAAGACCCUGCUUCUUAGCCUGUUUGGUUGCCUUGCACUUCGCUGCUGCCUUCGGUCCAGGAACCCUUCUGACGUUCUACCAGCAGAAACCUUCGCUUUGCCUGUUCCUGUCGCUCAUCUCCCGCGGAGCUUUCGUAGCCCUUGCCACCUUCCUGUCCAUCGCUUAUUUAGUAUUCUACGUCUACGUGCGAGCAGACUCCAAGCACAUCUACCACCUGAACAACACUUCUCCCACCCCAGCCGAGCGCUACAACCGUUGCCCGUUCGCCGAGAGCCGCGACUGGGAUCGCGCGGCCGUUACGGUUUUUUUAUCUGCGUUGUUUUGUUUGGCCUGCGCGGGACUGCAGCUGUACGCUAUGCUCAAUGCUACGGGGGUCACCGGGGGAGAAGAAGUCUUCCGCCCGUGGUGCUGGUGGGCUUUUCAAUUCAGCUGCAGACUGUGUGAACUGGGUGUUUGCCUCACCCUGGCGCUGGUAGUGGCGCUACCGGUCUACUGCUCUGAUCAGCUACCGUCAACCGGAAGCUGUUGGACUGAACUGCUGGCAUCUAAAGCGCCAAUCCUGCCAGGGAACUGCCAGUGGAGCUUUGGCCAGCAGGAGAAACUUGCCAUUGUGGACACGGUCGGCCUUGGCGAGACAGAGAGCCUUCCUCUCUACACGCUGAUGGACGAUAGGUUGUCUAGCAGUCUAAAUGGGCUGGACUUCCUGUACCAUAGCAACAGGGCGCUGGCCUAUCGAGAUCUUGAGGUAAAUUCUGACAUCAAGGACUCUCAGAAUCUUGGUGGUGGAGAGCCGUCAGGUGGAUCCUCCUUCACGAGUGACUCUACGACAGACCUGAGGCCGCCUUCGCCCAUCAACCUACGUCGCAGCAUCGACGAGGCGCUCUUUGGCGAGGCUCUUUUUCCCAUGAGCCUCUUUAGCACAACCAGGCCCACGCAGAGCAGCGACUUAUCCGUAAACAACCACUCCGCACUUCCCGGCCUCUGUCAUCCCCUCUCAGAUGAUCUCGCCCUUUACCGGACCUCCUCUUGCACAGACAUAUCAAAAGCAGGAAAGAUUUUUGUCGGGGGUCCUCCAUCUCCAUCCCUGUCCUCUUCCAGUUGCUCGUCUCCAGAGCGCUGGAGGGGGAGUUCCUCGUCCAGCUCCCCGUAUCGAGCCUCCAUCGGGAACUCAUCACUGGUCCUCUGUCAAAGUCCAGAAGCACAAAUUCGGCAGCAGAGCAACUCGCACAAGCACUACCAAACGCUGGGCGCCGCCUCGCAGGAGAGCCUGGACCUGGAUAUGUCAUCUGAGGCCGACCGAUCGGUGCAGGAGGAGUUUAUGAGCGCUUGCAGACAAAUUGAUGCUCUCAGCAUCUGCAGUGAGACCAUUGAUUUGUGAUGGACUUGAUGUAGGGACUUCAUGAGGAACGGUCAAGGUUUUUUUGGGAUAGCAGCUUUACAAGUGCAUGGGGUAAAUGAAAGCUGCCAAACGACACAUUUAAUAGGAGCUUCCUUAGAAGGUCAUUAGCGAAUGUCCAUGCAAGUUUAAGUGCCAAAAUGUCCAGAAACAACGAGUAGUUUGUAAGUUUUACACUUUUUCUGCCUAAUAAGACAAAAGAAAAUUGUAAAGAAUAGUCACAAUAACAUACCUAACUUAAUGAUGGUCAUGUUUUACUGCAUUUGUGUAUUACCAAGCACUUAAAAAAAAAACUGUCGAAGUUCAGCACAAAAGUGAGCAAACUGCGUCCUCUGCUGGCCAUUCCUUUAAAUAUUUAUACAUGAACUGCAAUCCUCUGCUUACUAAUUUAUAUAUGCGAAAUGCACACACACUUUAAUAAAUUUUAUUUGUAAACAAAUGUUUGUGGUUUUGUUUCCCAAUAAGACAGCGAACUAGCAAAGUUUAAUCUUUCUUUAUUUCUUUUCACCAAAUUGAACAGUAAAGCAGCUUUUCUGUUUGCCGUCUGCAGCGCUUUUUAAAUGAUAACCAGGUCAUCUCCCAGAAACCAAAUGCUCAUAAACGUUGUCUUCUCCAUUUUGGACAAUAAAGAAUAAGAAAAAAAACAUGUCAUACUGUCUGUAUGUGGGGAGGGCUAAGCUUAUAUCUUCAUCUACGCUUUCGAUUACAAGACUUUGUUAGUCAAGCCAACCCAACACUGGGCGAAGUACUUUUGGUAAAAACGGUGAUGGCCUUAGUAUAAGGCCACAUCAAAUACUUAACACAAUACAACACAGCGAUACAAGCGCAGCAAGUUGUUUUGUAAGGGUGUCCCGUCUACUUGCCAAGGCAAUUUUGUGGUAAAAAUGACAAGUCGUUAAAAAAAAACACAGGAUAAGCAUAACACAAGGUAACAGGCUGGUUCCUUUUUUGGUUUUGACGUUGCAAAAAGAGGACGUAUAAAUACACUUGGCAGUACGUAUGCAGGUCCAACAAAGCGGAAUAAAAA